AUGGCCAACUGGAGUAAAAAGUUGUUGGGUAAAAACCUUAGCAAAAUCAUGGACAAACUUAGUAGACUGAAACACUGCCUUAAGGGCUUUAGUAGGAAGAAAUUUGGUGAUUUUGCUCAAAACUAUCAACUGGCCAAAGAUGAUUACAUUACUGCCCAAAUUUGUCUUGCUAGUAGUCCUAUAGAUAUCGCAUUUUAUGUUGAAGAGCAAGCCUCUAUGGAGCUAUUGCAUGGCUCUUUUAAAGAAAAGAAAGGUCUUCGUCAAGGAGACCCCAUUUUCCUCAUUCUUUUUGUGCUUGUUAUGGAGUACCUCACCCGACUACUUUCUAUUUCCCCAGGAACUAAUGGCUUCGGGUUUCACCCAAUGUGUAAGCAGUUGAAGCUCAUUAAUCUCUAUUUUGCAAAUGAUUUAGUUAUUUUUUGCAAGGGUAAUGCUUCCUCACUUACCAUACUAAAUGAAGCAUUAGUUGAGUUCUGCAAAGCCAUGGGGUUAGCUGCUAUUAGAGCUAAAUCCUCCAUAUAUUUUGGGGGCAUUUCGGUUGAGCUUAAAAAGUGCCUGUUAUAUAUUGUUGAUAUGGAGGAAGGAUCAUUCCUUUUGAAGUACUUUGGGAAUGAAGAUUUUGGGACUUUCAACCCAGAGCAAAAUACUAGCCGGUACUUUCAUAAACUUGUUAAUCUGCGUGACAAGAUUGAUAGGCAUGUUGUUUUUGAGGCAGGAAAGACUGGUGUUUUUAAAGUUAAACACUUUUAUCAUGAUCUUGAGUCUCAUGGUCACCUCUUCUUUGCUUGCCCCUUCACUAAGAGUGUUAUCCUUGAGGUCAUCAAGUGGCUGAGUCAGUUUGAUUGGUCUCCUAAUCUUGAGGAUUGGCUGAUUGGGUUGAAAGGUAGUAGAAAUAACGUGGUUGUUAACAUUAAAUCAGCAGUAGUAGUUGCGAUCACCUACAUAGUGUGGUGCAAUAAGAAUAAUUAUGCUUUUGAGAGAUAUUGUGAACCUGCUACGGUCCUAAGCAAGAAGAUCAAGUAA